AUGUUCAAGAUUCUGGGUGUGGUGGUCUUUGCUGUGGCUGUCCAGGGGCAAGGUCACGCUUCUUCGUUUGUCUCGUAUAGUCAUGGGUUGACUUUGGGAGGCCUUGGGGGAGGAUAUGCCCUUAAUCUGGGAAACUAUCACCACCCCAAGUACCAGUUUAAAUAUGGGGUUGUGGAUCACCACACGGGUGAUAUUAAGUCGCAGGAAGAGAGUAGAGAUGGGGAUGUGGUUAAGGGUUCAUAUUCGGUGCAUGAACCCGAUGGUACUAUUUUGACGGUUCAUUACACUGCUGAUAAGCAUAGUGGGUUCAACGCGGUGGUUCACAAAGAAGGACACGCCAAACAUCCGCAGCAUUUCAGACAUCACUACUAA